GGGGUUACACCUUGAAUUUGAGAAGCAGAGGCAGAGGAAGUCUGGUGAGAAGAUGAUGCCACUAAAAAGGGAUAAGGGAUUGAAAAGACAACAUCAACACGUCGCUGUCGAGUACAGUGCGCAACAAACAUAUCUAGCACAAGAUUCGCUUAUGCCCAAACAUGCGAUGCAUAGGACACUUCGAUUCGUUGAUUGGUGCAACGUUAAGAUUUUACAAGAUUUAUGUCCCAUGCUUCUGACACGCGUCGCAGUCUGGCUUCGAAAAGUUGAUGGUGUUCGUUGCGUUCUCAUUGGGGCGUGGCGAACACGCGCUCUGACUCGAGAUUAUGAUGCGAGGUGA